CAGGAAAGAAGGAUAGAAGACUGUGCAGGAAAUGUUGAAAUCUACUGUGGUAAAUAAAAGGAAGCCUGGGUUGGGAUACAAUUUAUUUCAAGUCGGAGAUACAUGUGAAAAAGUUUUAGCAUUUUUGAUCCUAAUAAUCACUUAAUACAUUUGAGUAGACACAUGGCUUUUCUGCUGAGUACCAUAGUGCUGCUUUUAGGAGCCCUAGGAACCAACUCUCUAUGGACAGUAAGCAAGAUAACAGCUCAAAGUGGAGGAUCUGUCACCAUUCCCUGUCACUACCAUCAGCUGCACAAGAACUUGGAAAAGCUCUGGUUCAAGGGCAAGAACUGGCUUACCUGCUUGAAACUGCGACCUACCAACCAAGAGAAGCGAACAGGCAUCAGCUUUUACAACAGCCCAGAUGAACUGGUAACAACCAUGACGAUGACAAACCUGCGCAGCAGUGAUUCGAACCGCUACUGGUGUGCAGUCAAAAUACGAAAUACCUUUGUCAGAACAUCUCUAGAGCUUACCGUCACUGAGGGUACUCCAGAUCUGUCAGCAGCCAGCAACACGGUGUCAGGUGAAGAGGGCGGCAAUGUUACUGUACAGUGUCUCUACAGUGACAAAUUUAAAGAUACUGCGAGAAAAUGGUGCAGAAGUGGAGAUCUGCACUCCUGUCAAACGGCUCAGGAUAUAGAACCAUCCCUUGGUGCAGCUGUACAGAUAAAUGAUACAAAUGAUGGCGCUUAUACGGUGACACUGACAGGACUGAAGAAGACAGAUGCAGGCUGGUAUUGGUGUAUGGCUGGGGAAGUGCAGGUUCCCGUUCAUAUCAAUGUUGAUUCAAGACAACUCAUUACAGAUGCCAACACAAGUCCUUUCACGUUUACGACUGCACAAUCUUUCACUUCAUCUAACUCUUUAGAUGUACACAACCAUAAUUCAGUAGUAACACUUUUACCCACAACAUCAAAAUUACCUGAAAGUACUUCGAUUCAGACAGAAAAAACUGACCAGACAUCUACAGCAUCCCCAAAGCGGUUUCAUUCAACGACACAGUCCUCAUCCUAUCCAACCACAAUGGAGAACUCAAAAAAUGACCCAUCUCACAGCAGUAGUACUGUUAGGACAACACUAACCAGCAGAUCAACAACUCCACAUGUUGGUAGUAACUCUACAGUUACUCUGUCAUCUAAAGAUCUGACAUUAGAACCCAAAACCACUUAUGAAAGCAGGGACCUUAUUUGGGUGAUUGCACUAGUUUGUGGUGCACUGCUUAUAUUAAUGUUACCUGUGAUUUCCUGGAAAUUGUGGUCAUGGCAUAUGAAGGCAAUCACAAGAGAGGAAGCAACAGAAAUAACAACAGACCUCCAUGCAAGUGACAGCGUUGAUCUGCUGGGCAAUGAAUGGACAAAUGCUUCAGUUGUGCAGUUCAGCACAGACUCGAACACUGUACUAAUAACGUAACCUGUUGAGACCUCUGGAACACAAAGAUGGAAUAGAGGCUUUAUCACGUCUCUGUGUCAAGAGCCACUUCCCUGCAGAGUUCAGUUUCAACACUAUUUAGUUGCACCUGAAUCAACUAAUCCAAGUAUUUUGGUUUACUUGAUAAUGACAGCCAGGUGUGUUGGAACUAAACUCUGCAGGUUAGUGACUCUCCAGAAGCAUGAAACAGGAACCCUGUCACAGAUGGACAGCCAGAAGAUGGUGUUCUCCACUUGUAUAAUUAACCUACAGCCUUUCCUGUGGUAUUUAUAUGGUUAAAAAGUAAAGUUAUGUUAGGCCUUGUCUUUCAUCUCAGCUCCCUAACAAAGCUGUCAGCACACUUAAGAAUCUGCAAAAUAAUAAUGAUGUCCAAAACGACGACAAUUCAAGUGCUCAACAUAAUUCCUGAGUGUAGAAGUGUCUACAUUUUUUCUCUUUUUUUUUAAACAAAUUCUUGAAUGUUUUGACUGAAAAGUG